AGAAAAAUGGCCAAAAUGGCGACCAUCGUGUAGGGGUCGAGCGUGUUUACAUGUAACCAAUUCAAAACCCUUUUAGGGAUAUUUAUUUUCUACGUUGUCAUAUAUUCUCAGAGUCAUGUUAAUAAACGUUGGGUUGCGGGCCGUUCUGAGGUCGUCCUCGUGUAUUUUAGCGGAAAGGGGCGCUCUGUCCUGGGCGAGCAGCUCGGCUUCACCAGCAGCGCUUAGCAGUGGAAACUUUGCAGUUCCACAACCAGUGAGAUAUUAUGCUCGGGUUGCAAAGAAAGUCAAAACAGGCUCUGAGAGCCAACUCAAUGAUCUUCCUCCAACAAUGCUGAAGAUGGAUUAUGCAGCCGUCCCUCUUGCUCAAACGACUGAUGAUCUUGUCAAGCGUCUUAUUUCACUGGAGCUUGCGAGUCAUAAGGAAAAGCUACAACUGAAAACCGAACAGCUUGUUGCAAAAGUUCAGAGGGAUGAAAAUGACCGCAGGUCACCGGAAGUCCAGAUUGCUAUUUUGACUGCAAGAAUUCGAAACUAUCAGGAGCAUUUGCAAAAACACCACAAGGACAAAGCUAACAAGAGGCGAAUGCUCAUGUCCAUUGACAAAAGAAAAAGGCUUCUGAAAAACCUUCGGUUGGUUCGCUAUGACGCCUUUGAGAGGGUGUGUGAGCAGCUGGGCAUCACCUACACCUUCCCCCCAGAGUACUACAGGCGGGCCACCCGCCGCUACCUGGCCAAGAAAGAAUUCUGCCUUAAGGUCUUCCAGGCUGUUCAGAAGCAGAAAGCAGAGCAGAGGCUGAAGAUGAAGCAAAAUCUUGGCCCCAAACAGACAGAGGAAGCCAAAGCAACAGACGUUUAAAUGCAAUAAAAGGCUGUACAACAGUCAGUUGCAAAUGCUUUUUGUCGCCUGUUUCUUUUUUUUUUACUACAACAUCAAAUGUGUAAAAAGCAGUGGGUGUUUAAAAAUAGUUUGGUUUUGGUCAUGUUAGGGCGUUCUUAUCACCCUCAUAGUACUGUGUUUGUUUUCAGCUAAUUAUCAGAAUCCUCUCAAAAUGUCAGAAUUUGAUGGAAAUAAAAUGCCUCGUAAAGUAAAACUGAAA